AUGUUGCGGACGCUUGCAGCGCUCGUCGCGUGCCUUCCAGUGCUAGCGUUGGGUCAGGUCUUCGACCUUUCUGACUUGCAAUGGACACUCAAGAACCAGAAUGGCUCUAUUGUCGUCCCUGGUGCUGUGCCUUCACAAGCUCAUCUCGACCUGUACAGAGCAGGAAUUAUCAACAACCCAUUGCUCGGUAUCAAUGAAUAUACGGAAAGAUGGAUCGUGAAUGACAACUGGACAUAUACGGCAGACUUGUCUCCAUUCACACAAAAUUAUAAGACUAGCUCUUCUGACAAAACUCUCUUGGUAUUCUACGGGAUUGACACCAUCGCCAAUAUCACUUUCGCUGGUCAACCUCUAGCCUGGGUCAACAAUCAAUUCCGGCAGUAUAUUUACGAUGUCUCUGAUUUACUGGGCUCCCCUGCUUCAGGAGACAGUAAUUUAACGCUUGCUUUUGAGUCUGCGUGGUACUACGGAAUGAAUGUCUCAACUUUGCCUGAUGCUGAAUAUUUCCCGGACACGGAUACCUUCGAGUAUCCCUCAGUCCGUGAAUGGAUUCGCAAAAUUCAGGAUGACUUUGGAUGGGAUUGGGGCCCAGCAUUUGUACCAAGUGGCAUAUUCAAACCGGCGUACCUCAUUACAUUGUCUGAAUCAACGCAAGCUGGAAAUAUGACUUUGGCCGCUCCUGCUCCGUCUCCACAGACCUAUGGAAACGCGGUAUUCAUCGAAGAGUCCGCCAUCGACAUCUAUAAGUAUGGCCAGAACUUCUCUGUAGCUCCCAACCAGACAGCAGAUUGGGUCGUCAACGUAACUCUCGGUCUCCGCUCGGCAGCAUCUUACGAGAGCCCAUCGAUCACUCUGUCAAUUCCUGAACUGAAUCUCAAAUCAGAUUCAUUGCCAAUUGAUGCUAUUGAAUCAUCGGUAGACGAGUCGACAUUUGCGAGCGUUCAGUGGACGAUUCCUGACGGCGUACCGGAGCGGUGGUACCCGAUCGAUCUUGGAACGCCCAAAUUAUAUAACUUGACAGUGAGUCUCGAUUUGGGUAAUCAAGCAGGGGCAGAGCCUAUCUCCUUCACGACGGCCACUGGAUUCCGUACCAUCGAGCUCUUGCAAACGCCAUAUUCGCAACAGGAAGUCGAAGAGCGUGGCAUAACUCCGGGUGACCAAUGGCAUUUCGCGAUCAACGGCGAAGCUUUCUUCAGCAAAGGCACGAAUAUCAUUCCAUUCGACCCCUUCUAUGCGCGCAUCAACCCUGAAGCAGUGAGGUGGGUACUUCAGAGUGCUAUAUUGAGUGGACAAAACAUGUUACGUGUCUGGGGUGGAGGGAUAUAUCAGCCUUCGGAUACGGCGACUGCUGGAGGGUUGUAUGACUUCUAUGCACUGUGCGACGAACUCGGUAUCUUGGCCUGGUCGGAGUUGAUAUUCUCGGACUCUCUGUACCCCAUAAACGACUUCCUUCUCGAGUCUGUAGAACCUGAGGUGAGACAGAAUGUGAGGAGAGUGACGAGACACCCGAGUAACGCACAAUGGGCUGGUGGAAACGAGAUUGAAGGCAUGGUUAUGAGCGUUAAUACCUCUUUGGCUAAUGGAACGCAUUAUUUGGACGAGUUUGUUACUCUAUUCCAAGACUAUUUAUAUGGCAUUGUAACCUCUGAAACCAAAUCGGUUCCGUACACCGAUUGUUCGACGACUCAUGGUGUUCUGAGUCUCGACCCUUACGUGCUAAGGUUUGCGAAUGGUACUCCAGGUUACAUUUACGGAAACAGCGAGCGUUACAACUAUGAUGCUACUCAAGCAUUCAAUUUGAGCACUUAUCCUGUCUCUCGAUUCGUGAACGAGUUCGGAUUCCACUCCAUGCCUUCCUUCUACAGCUGGGAAGAAGUGCUGGAAAACGCUGAAGAUUUCAAUUUCAACUCUACCGUCGUGAUGUCUCGAGAUCACCACCCUCCAGCCGGUAACUUGUCCUGGCCCAACCCCAAUGCACCUCAAGGUCAAUACCAGAUGUCAAGCGCAGUCGAACUCUGGCUGCCUACUCCCGGAACGUCCGACUCGAAUCAAACCUUCGCUCAGUGGUGCUGGUCCACACAGCUCUUCCAAUCGAUGAACAUGGUGGCCGAAAUCGCUUGGUACAGACGCGGAGCCGGUUUGGGCGAGAACAACCUUGGCAGCUUGGUCUGGCAGCUCAACGACAUAUGGCAAGGUGUCAGCUGGGCGGCUAUCGAGUAUUCUGGGAGGUGGAAGGUGCUUCAGUACGGAAUGGCCAGCAUAUAUUCGCCGGUGGUCGUCAACCCGUUCUGGAUGCCUGAGAACGACACUUUGACGAUUCUCGCCACGUCCGAUCGGUGGGAGACUGUUGAAGGAUCGGCCCAGCUUACGUGGUACGACUGGAGUGGGAACGUGUUGAACUCUAGCACGCAGAGUUUCGCCAUCCCCACUUUGAAUAACUCUCUACUUUUCGAAGCUACCGGUCUGCAGAACAUCCUCCCAUCAGGCGCGAAUGCCAAUGACGUCUUCCUUUUGCUCAACCUGACGGCACAAGUUGGCAAUAAGACCGUUACGAACGAGAACUAUUUCACACCCGUAUCUCUCGCGAAUGCUACUCUGGUCGACCCUCAGAUUGAGGUUACUUCUGGAGAGAAUUACACGUUUACGCUUUCUGCCAAGGGUGGUGUGGGAGCGUGGACUUGGCUUGACCACCCCUCAGGUACCGUUGGAUACUUCAUCGACACAUCGAGUGGUCUGCCCUCGAACGGAUACUACCUCAUCCCAGGCAUAGAUCGUACAGUCCAAUUCGUAAUGAACGAUGCCACCUCUACAGUCCUCAGCCCUGAUCCAGCAGACUUUGUCCUGAGAUCCCUGUGGAACAAUACAAAUAUAUAAGAUCCCGCUUUUGAGAUGUUAAAAAAAUGGACAAUGGGGCAAAUGUAACGUAGUGUGCUCGGUGCGGAUAUACAUUUUCUUGCUGGUUCACUUCUCG